UUGCACAACAUAAAGGCAUCAUAAAUCAUUUGCUCCCUGAUUCCACAUAACGAACUUCAGCUUUCUCUGGGAUCUAAGAUCUCUUUGGAAGCCAAGCUUUCCACAAUGAAGAGCUUUCUGACUUUCCUUCUUGCAAUGGGCAUCAUAGCGACCCUGGGUGAUGCAUACUGCUGGAGAAAAAUUCACAAGCCAGGGGAGGCCCAAAACGGCUGUAUGGUAAACGGAAAACUGUAUCCCUUUGGACACAUUGAGAGGACAGAGGAUUGCUACAGAUGUGACUGUAAGAAAGAUCAAAUGGAAUGUUGUGCCCUCUUUCACACUCCUGUUGCUUAUGACGAAAAGAAAUGCAAAGUAGUUUUUAACAAGGAGCGCUGUGACUAUGAUGUGGUGCAGAAGGAUGACCCCUCCAAGGCCUGUCUUGUCUAUGCUCGUGUGGGCUAACACCUGCCCCAAAGCUCUGCACUGUGGAACUGCUCUCCUUCCUACAGAUGCUUUGCAUUCACAGAGAAGCACCACGACAUGGAAUAAUCUCAUAAGAGAGAGCACUUCAGUACCUCGCUUGUAACCUCCCAAUUGUUCUAAUUCAGUUUCCAAGAUGCAUAAUCAGACAGAGUAACUACUUUCUGUCAUUACUGCAUUUGGUGACUGUAAUAAAUUGAAAUGAAACAUCAAAAAAUGCU